GCACCUCAGGAUGGCCCGCACUAUGGAACCAGUGGCAAAGAAGAUCUUUAAAGGAGUUUUAGUAGUUGAACUCUUGGGUGUUUUUGGAGCAUAUUUUUUGUUUAAUAAGAUGAACACAAGCCAAGAUUUCAGGCAAACAAUGAGCAAGAAAUUUCCCUUCAUCUUGGAAAUUUAUUACAAAUCCAUUGAACAGUCUGGAAUGUAUGGAGUCAGAGAGCAAGAUCUAAGCUAUAACUACCAUUGUCUUGGGCUUGCAAUCAAGUCAUCAGACCUGCCAAUUGAUAAUGAAAUUGAGCAUUUAUUCAUGCUCACUAAG